AUUCCACCGGUUACCCCUGGCAAACAUUAUUCAAGGGCGCCCACUCAGACUGCCACUUGCUUUUUACGACCCAGGCCGCGCGGGCGAGCCGAUCCAGCCCCAGUCACCACGCCACCGAGCCCAGAUCCUGAAGGAAUGAAGGUACUUCAACUCUCAUCGCCGCCAUUAGCAACCCCGAGUCAGAGAUUCGGAAAUAAUCCGCCAUCACCCCCUUUCCAAAGCGGCCAACCAUUUCGCCGCCAUGUUGGCACCUCGAUUUCAAGGGUUCUAUAUCGUGGUGCGAUACGCACCCCUAAACAUCAUCCAAGGCGAGGACACCACUACACGGGCGCUAAGGCGCGUCUAUUUGAAAAACGCCAAGCCCGUUAUCGAACCUGGAGCUACCCGUUCCAAGCGGAGGGGCCGCCCAUCACCUCCAUAGACAAUCAUAACAGCACCAUCAAGCCAACUACCACGGUAACAUCGCGACCGUCACCGUCGGUGGAUCCGGAGCCGUCGACGACAGCAACCAACUUCUACAUAAACACCAACGCCAUUACAGCCGCACCAAAAUCACCAACAGUAUCAACCUGCACCAACGCAACACCUACGACAGCAACUAUCAUAACCGCAACAUCAUUAGCGUUAAUCUCAACGAUUACCACAACAACGAAAACGGUUAACGAGGCCACUGCCGCAUCAAUACAGCCUAGAAAUUCACCACAACAACCAAGGUCACCCACAGCCAAGGGUCUGUCAACCAAAUGUGCGCCCAUAGUGGCCAACGUUGGCACAACCCGUACCUCCCUGGCCAAUGGUCCGGCGAUUCAAUACCAGAAAGCCAAGAGUACACAAGAGCUGACGGAACCAACGGCCAACGAUCCGACACCCCGAUAA